AUGUCUAGAGUAACUGAAGAUGUUAUAGCUGACAUCAAACAAAAAAUUUCAGUUGAACAAAAUAUCAUUCAAGGUUUUCAAGAUGUUAAAAAAACAUCAACAAAUCCAGAAGUUAUUCAAAAAUGUAAAUCAAAAAUUAUUGAAUCACAAUCAAUUAUUGAUUAUUAUCAAGAUAGUUUGAAUAAAUUGACUAAACAAUUACAAAGAGCUCAAAUUAAUGAUAAUAAUUCUGGUCAAAGAAGUUUUAGUGAUCGAAGUUCAGUUAUAUCAGAACAUAAACCAGUUUAUUCCAGAUUAGAUUUAAUUAAAUAUGAAUGUCCUUCAUUAGGUCAUAAAAUUCAACAUAUGUUACAACAAUUGGAAUUUAAAGUUCAAGUUGAAAAUCAAUAUCGUGAAGCAAAUAAGAAAAUUUCUCAUUUAUAUUUAAUGGAUGGUGAUAAAUCUUCAAGUAAUGCAGCUGAAGGUAGUAGAACUGAAAGUGAUCAAAGAUUACAAUUAUUAGAAAAAGCUUUGAAAAAAUAUCAAAGUUUUCACAUUAAUUCUGAAGAUUUUAAUCGAGAUUUUGAAAUUAUGGAUACUCCAAAACAUGCAAGAAAGUCUUUAAGUGGUAGAUUGACAAUUUCAGUUACUUGUAUUAGAGAUAUUGAUCAUAUUGCAGGUGGGAAAUUUAGAAAAAGAGAAACGUAUAUUGUUAUAAAAAUUGAUGAUGUUGAAAAAGCAAGAACUAAAACUUCAAAAAAUGAUAAUUGGAAUGAAGAAAUUAUUAUUGAUGUUGAAAAACUGCAUGAAGUUGAAAUUUCAAUAAUGGAUAAACAAGGUAGUAAUUCCGUACCUGUAGCUAUAAAUUGGUUUUCUUUAUAUGAUUUAGCUGAAGAAAUACGUAAAAAGAAAGCUGCUAAAGAUCAAGGUUCAAAUGGUUGGCUCACAGCUUCAAAUUUACCACAAACAAAUGGUAAUAGUAUAAAUAGUAAUACAUUUAAUUCAAACUUAGGAUUACCACAAUCUGAUAUACAACCACCAAGAUCACCAAUACAAAGUUCACCACCUCAAGAUUCAAAUCAAAAAGUUUCAAUUAAUACUUGGUUAAGUUUAGAGCCAUGUGGACAAAUAUUGAUUAAUUUGAAUUUUGAAAAAUCUUUAAGUGAAGGUAAACAAUUUAGAGGUCCAUUAGGUCGUCAUGGUGCUAUUAGACAAAAGAAAGAAGAAGUUUUUGAACAACAAGGUCAUCAAUUUGUACAAAAACAAUUUUAUAAUAUUAUGUCUUGUGCUUUAUGUGGUGAAUUUUUAAGAUAUACUGGUUAUCAAUGUCAAGAUUGUAAAUUUUUAUGCCAUCGAAAAUGUUAUCAAAAAGUUGUUACUAAAUGUAUUUCAAAAUCUGGUGCUGAUUAUGAUGCAGCUCAAUUAAAACAUCGUAUUCCUCAUAGAUUUGGUCCCGUUGCUAAUCAUGGUACAAAAUGGUGUUGUCAUUGUGGUUAUAUUUUACCUUGGGGUAAAAAGAAUAUUAGAAAAUGUACUGAAUGUGGUGUUAUGUGUCAUGCUCAAUGUACUCAUUUAGUUCCAGAUUUCUGUGGUAUGUCUUUACAAAUGGCAAAUGAAAUUUUGGCUACUAUUAAAUCAACAAAAGUAUCACCAAAGAAAUCAGUUCAAGUUAAACCAUUACCACCGAAACCUCCAAUAACUACGUUACCUUCUUUAGAAUCUAAUCAUACCUAUGUUGAGCCAGAGGAAGAAAAUGAAAAAGAAUAUGAAGUUAAAUUACCAACAACAACUAAAAAUGUCUAUCAAGAACCAGUUGAAAUGGAGAAAACAAGACGUCGCCCUCCAAUAAAUAAUUUUGAUUUAAGUUUUGAUAAUAAAGAACAAUUGGAAUAUCGUCAACCAAAAGAAUCUAUUGAAAUACCUAUAAUUGAAGAAAAUGAAAAUAAAGAAUUUGAUAACUUUGAUUAUAAUAAUCAAGUUACACAAAAUCAAAUAGUACCACAAGAAAUUAUAAGUCCAUUUGUUGAUCAAAAAAUUGAAGAAGAAGUUAAACCUAAGAAACCAAAGACCAAAAAACGUAGAAGAAAAAUUGGUUUAGAUGAUUUCCAAUUUUUAGCAGUUUUGGGUAAAGGUAAUUUUGGUAAAGUGAUGUUGGCAGAAUCAAGACAUACACAAAAAUUAUGUGCAAUUAAAGUUUUAAAGAAAGAUUUUAUUGUUGAAAAUGAUGAAGCUGAAAGUGUUAAAUCUGAAAAAAGAGUUUUCUUAACUGCAAAUAAAGAAAUGCAUCCAUUUUUAUUAAAUUUACAUUGUUGUUUUCAAACUGAAAAUAGAAUUUAUUUUGUAAUGGAAUAUAUUUCCGGUGGUGAUUUAAUGUGGCAUAUUCAAAAGAAUAGAUUUACUGCUAAAAGAGCUAAAUUUUAUGCCUGUGAAGUAUUAUUAGGUCUAAAAUAUUUUCAUGAUAAUGGUAUAGUUUAUCGUGAUUUAAAAUUAGAUAAUAUUUUAUUAACUAUUCAAGGGCAUAUUAAAAUUGGUGAUUAUGGUUUAUGUAAAGAAAAUAUGUGGGAAUCAAAUACAACUUCAACAUUUUGUGGUACUCCAGAAUUUAUGGCUCCAGAAAUUGUUGCUGGUAAAAAUUAUAAUAGAAGUGUUGAUUGGUGGGCUUUUGGAGUUUUAUUAUUUCAAAUGUUAUUAUGUCAAUCCCCAUUUAAAGGUGAUGAUGAAGAUGAUAUUUUCAAUGCUAUUGAACAUGAUGAAGUUAAAUAUCCAAUAAGUUUAUCAAGACAGACUGUAUUGGUUUUACAAGCUUUAUUAACAAAAGAUCCAAGUCAAAGAUUAGGUAGUGGACCAAGAGAUGCUGAAGAAAUUAUGGAACAUCCUUACUUUCAUGACGUUAAUUUUGAUGAUGUUUUAAAUUGUCGUAUACCAGCUCCAUAUAUUCCUGAAAUUCAAUCAGAACAUGAUUAUUCAAAUUUUGAUCAAGAAUUUACAUCUGAAACUCCAAGAUUAACUCCUGUUGAAACUGUAUUAACGUCAGAAAUGCAAGAACAAUUUAGAGGAUUUUCUCAUAUAUCUGAUAAUGCAACAAUAUAA